AUGGACCAAGAGGUGAGACAUCGAAUUCAGGCAGGGUGGAAUAACUGGAGGUCUGCAUCAGGGGUCCUCUGUGACAAGAGGGUUCUUCUGAAAUUUAAGGGAAAGUUUCAUAGGACGGUGGCCAGACCAGCUAUGUUAUAUGGAACAGAAACAACAAGUAUGAGGAAAACAGAGAAGAUGGAUGUAGCAGAAAUGAGAAUGUUGAGAUGGAUGUUGGGAGUAACAAAGGAAGGUGAGAUUAGAAAUGAGUAUAUAAGAGGAUCGACAAAGGUGGUUGAAAUAUCAAAGAAGAUACAGGAGGGAAGGGUUCGAUGGCAUGGACACCUGUUACGAAGAGAGGAACAUUGUGUUGGAAGACAUAGAUGGAAAUGGAAGUGCGGGGUAGAAGGAAGAAGGGAAGACCAAGAAAGAGAUGGCAUGAUUGUGUAA